GAAGAGCUCAUGUCUUGUCGGGUUUUGUUGCUUUCUCUGAAUUAGAGUUGUUGUGAAGGAUUUGAAGAACAAACUUAAGCAUGGAAGAGAAGGGUGGAAUCAAGAAAGAUAUCACUCAAUUAAUCGGUAAUACUCCAAUGGUAUAUCUAAAUAAAGUGGUUGAUGGUUGUUUUGCUCGUAUCGCUGCUAAGUUGGAGACGAUGGAGCCUUGUGCUAGCAUUAAAGACAGGAUCGCACACAGUAUGAUUCAAGACGCAGAAGACAAAGGUCUGAUUACACCAGGGAAGACCGUCCUCGUCGAGGUGACAAGCGGCAACCUCGGCAUUGCGUUAGCGAGCAUCGCAGCUGUAAAAGGCUAUAGACUUAUUAUAGUCAUGCCAGCUUCAUAUAGUCUCGAAAGAAGAAUUCUACUUCUAGCCUUCGGAGUUGAGCUGCAUAUCACCGACCCCGCAGUUGGAGUCGAAGGCGCUCUAAAAAAGGUUGAGGAGAUAAUGAAAGUCACUCCCAAUAGCUAUUUUAUGAGGCAAUUUGAGAAUCUAGCCAAUCCAAAGAUUCAUUAUGAAACCACUGGGCCCGAGAUAUGGAAAGAUUCCGGAGGAAAAGUGGAUGCCAUAGUCAUGGGGAUUGGAACUGGGGGAACCAUAACUGGUGCCGGGAAGUUUCUUAAGGAACAGAAUCCGGACAUUAAGAUUUAUGGAGUGGAACCAGCUGAGAGUGCUGUGCUAAGUGGAGGACAACCAGGCAAGCAUUUAAUUCAAGGAAUGGGGGCUGGCUUCAUCCCGGCCGUUCUUGAUCUCAAACUCGUUGAUGAAGUCAUUCAGGUAAAAAGUGAGGAAGCCAUUGAAACUGCAAAGCUUGUUACACUAAAAGAAGGCCUCCUAGUGGGGAUUUCAUCAGGUGCAAUAGCUGCUGCUGCAAUAAAGGUUGCAAAGAGACCAGAAAAUAAAGGAAAACUCAUUGUUGUCAUCUUCCCGAGCUUGGGCGAGCGAUAUCUCUCGACGAUGCUUUUUGAUUCCGUUAGGCGCCAAGCGGAAAACAUGUCGUAUGCAUGAGUUGACGUUGUUUUAUGUAAUCAAAUGUUGGGUUUGGAUGGACGGUUUGAAUCAACUUUCGUUGAUCAAAACUCAUGGUUUGAAUAAUUAUACAAAACUUGGUUUGGUUUGAAAUAAAAUGAAGCAAGACCCUUAACACGA